AAGGUACCUUCUCUGUCAUUAGGAUCAACAAUAAACAGUGAGGAAUCAACUAAGUUAGUAAUAACAAUAUGAAUCCUACGAUUAUGCCCAUCUUAUCUUACGCCGUACUAUUCCUUUCAGUUAUUUAUCCAUCUUACGUCAACCUGGAAGCUCAAUGACCCUCAACUAUACCUACAUUAACUUACACCCUUUGUUACCUCAGGUACCUACAUAUAUCACCUAUCAUUGUACAUACAUACAUCAUUGACGAAGUACAUGUAGGCGACGGACGUUGACAUCAAUCUUCAACGUCGACAUUGAAGUGUACAUUGACCUCUAUGUACAUAUAUGCACAUGUGUGUUGUGUGCGUAUGUGAAUAAUAUACUUUCAAUUACAUCUCCAUCCAUCAUAACUACAUCAUUCGAUUUCAUCCUUUCGAAAGAGAAUAACAUUACGACGUAGUUAUCUCCAUCUCUUCCGUGUGUUUCGUUUUUCACCGAGAAACUCACCUCAAUCCACGGCUUCUUCACCUUUUCCCCAUAUCUCGACUUCAGGUUGCAUUUGGUAUAUGUCGAUCAUUUGUUAAGAACAAGGAUCGUUCAAUCCAUUUACAUACACUACCGACCCGAUCGAUAGCUACAGUCGCAGCUACAUACAGACGGCAGCUCGGUGUUCGCCGUUCUAAGCCACAAACCAAUGGCGACAACCAAUAAGACAGGACUGCAGACGCAGGGGGGUUUGGGACGACAGCUACCCGAUGACGACACUAAAUUGGCAGUUCACUCGGGAAGACUCAUUUACGCCAAACCUCAAGAUCUUCCGAGCUUUCCGUCUAUUGGCCUCUCAGAAAAGGGAUCGGCAGCAAGUGCUGCUGCAGCUUUAGGCUGGACUAGCAAUACCUCGCCGAAACUGUGGAGGCCGGACAAGUCCGCUCCGGCUUCAGCAGCCGCCAUGAUGGCCAAAGACUACAAAUCAAGUCCGGUCUGGGAACCCGUGCCUAGCGAAUAUGGCGCGAAAGCCGCCUUACUCGCGUCCAAGUCUGCCAUGAGUGCCCCGAAGACCGAGAAGCCUACCACUUCGGAGCCCGGCCAUUCAGCUGCAAAUAUAGCCUUUAGGAUUGAUCGUAGCGUACCUCAUGAUACCCACGCACACUCCUUGGAACGCCAGAAAUCGCUACUCGCUGCCAAGGGUGCUAUGGCUAACCGCCGGAGGGCUGAAUCAUCACCCAUCCCAAAGGAAUCAUAUCCAGAUGAAGCUAACGCGGCCGCCAACGCUCUCAGUGCCGCGACCCGGGCGCAUAAGCCUGUGCGAUCACCCACGGUUAGUGAAACAAGUGAGAGGUUCGGUUCCGUUCCCUUCACGAACAUGAACAGGCAAAUGUAUACGUCACGGCCACCAGUCAAAUCUGAAGUUGAGGAGCAGAAGAGAGCAGACGUUCUCCAUGCAUCAGCUUUAGCUAUGGCCAAAAAGAUGUAUACCCAACAGCAAAAAAUGAUCGAUGCGAAGAAGGCCCACGACAGCGCCACCCUGUCUCAUGAUCAGCUUGAUGCCAUAAGUAGUGUUAGCGAUGAUGGACAGCCUGCGCAGCUUACUACUCUGCAAGAUGCAGCUUACAAGCAAGCCCAAGCCCGCCUAGCCAGGAUGCAUGAAGAGCAUUUUAAGAAUCGGGAGUACCAGGAGUAUUACGGAGCCAAACAACCCAAUCGACGUUUCUCGAUCAGAGGUAAACUCAGGAAGAGGGCCUCGAGCGACGGGGAUGUCAUAGAAGACCGCAGGCGAUCUCAGAAGAUUAGGCAGCAGAUGUCAUUAUUCUCAAAUAAAUUAAGUGAGAUGGACGAUAAGAAACGACAGCAUGACCAGGAGACAUUACUUGCUGCAGCACAGAGGAAUGUGCAUGAAAGAUUGAGAGAAAUCGACGAGAAAAUAUCUGCUGAAACUGGUAUGGUCCCUCCAUCUACUAUGACCCAGUGGGAGACGAAGGCACACGCUGCAGCCCAAAUCAGAAGCGACCAACGAGUAGAUACAAGACAUGGAAGAGUCGAUCUUGGCGCUGGGAAACUCAUGGACCAGGAAGAGAUCGACGCGAUCGCAGCUGCCAGAGUCAAACCUGUUCUAGAUGAAAUUAACGGGAAGAUCGAAGAAGAGCACGCAAGACAAACGGAAUUACGUUUAGAGAUGGAGAAAAGGAAGGAGGCCGAGGAAAUUGAAAAGGCCCGGCUGAAGGAAAUCCAGGAUAUCAGCAAAAAGCUUAAGGAGCAAGACAAGCAAGAGCAAAAGGAGAAGAAGGCGGAGGAGAAGCACGAGGCCAAGCUUCGAAGGGAAGAAGACCGUGCAAAUAAGGCAGAACAGAAGCGACUUGCCAAGGCUGAUAAGCGAAAAUCCACAACAGAACAUUCCAAGGACAACCAGGAGGGACUUGAGUCGGCAAGGGAGAUGGUUGUCCUAAAUGACGCCGGCCAACCCGUAAGCGUGCCUGCGCCGGCCUUUGAACGUGUUACUACCGAGGAUGUCGGCGAUGCUCUGGGACACAGACAGCCCAGUUCACCUGACGGAGAGUCCUCCCGAACUGGGGUCAAGACCUGGUUCAAGAACCGGUUUUCUAGAGUUGGCAAGCCUGCAGACGAAGAGAAGGGCAAGGAGAAGAUGAGUGGAAGAGGCUUCAUUGGCGGCGCAGCCUUAACAGGCGUAGAUAGCCCAGCGGGCGCAGACAAUCGCAGCGCCAGUGUACGUUCUGUCGCGUUAGCUGGCAGGGAACAGCAGGGGUCGCUACCCUCCGGGUUCGAACCAACUUACAGGGAGGCAGGCGUAAACACAGCGCCCUCCUUGAGUACUCUAAGCGAUGACGAGUACCCAUACACCGACGCAAGAGACUCACAUGACACCGCUGUUACACCACCAAGACAACUUAUGGCGUCGGUGAGCUUAACACCAAGUCGGGAUUCUAGGUUUAGGGAAAUGGUGUGAUGGAAGUUACGCACCUAGUUAAGGAUCUUGGCUAGGUGGUUUCUCGUGUAUGCUACGACGAGCAUAUCACAUUCGGAUACACGAUUAUAUAGGCACCUGUCUUUCUUAUGGCGUUAAGGGUCAUCGGAUGGAAGGGUGGGUGGUUUAUGUGAUGAAGAGUGUACGGCCGCAAGGAACCGAUAUUGACAUUGAUGUUUUUGUUGAGAUUUUGCUCCUUUUCUUUUACUGUUUUAGCUUGAUGCUUUUCAAUGGGUUUGGUUGCUCUACUUUUCCACUUACGAAUAUCCUACCGUUUGGUUGCUUUGUGCUGUUUGUUCGAGAGUUCGGGUUGUUGGGUUUUACGUCGUAUGUAGUUGCGCGUGGUGGGUACUGGUGAUUCAGUGUCAUAAAAAGGGGGGAGUGAUGACUAAAUGUAACGGAUGGGAUGUAACAAAUGCAAUUAUGUACCCUCUCCACCUCUUUUUAUGAAAACAUUGAAAAUAGUUUGUCCUUUCAAUAGUUAUAUGCCUCCAUCUAUGCACGCAGAGUUUAGGGAUUCAUGCCCUCAAUUGAGUAGCAAGGCAUUUUAGAUUCAACUCUACGCAAAUUCAAGAACUUACCUGUCUGAA